AUGAAAAUGAAUGUGGUCGAUGAUCUUGUGAUUCGAUCCGAGCCCACGUAUACGGAGACUGAUCCAACGCCGGAUGUUAUCGGUCUGGAAUUCGUGCGUCAGUAUUACACCAUUUUGUCCAAGCAACCUGGCAAUGUGCACAAAUUCUAUAGCCACGAAUCUGUGUUUGUACACAAUGACGUCACUGUUGUCGGGCAACAGGGAUCGUUCACGUCGAACAAGGGGAUCGUUCUGCAAGUGUGUGGCGAGGUGUCCACUCGUCGCUUUUUCCAGACAUUCAUUCUCGCACAACAGAGUGCUAAGAAAUUCUACGUGCAGAAUGACAUCUUCCAAUUCGUCGAUGUUGCGUUCCAUUGUGAGUCUCAGGAUUCGCCAGCACCUCCGGCGUCCAGUGAAUCAGCCGUUGCCGAGGUACAAAUUCGAUUCGUUUCAGUACUGAUACUUUUGUUACGUUUGUUCGAAAAAAGUGUGGGAAUUUCCGCCCAACUUCGGAAGAUAUUGGUAUACAAGAAGAUACUUAUUCUGUUUCGAGCAUUGGUUACCUUCAUCUUUGUAUUUUUCUCUUGCGCACAAUCUGUUGAAAUCGAUCUGGUGCAAAACGGCCACAAUCAUUCGCAUUCGUCAAUUGCAUUGAGUUGCGAAGAAACGCCUGCUAUGACAAGCGUCGUUUCUCAUGCAAAAGUGGCUCCGGUGAAAAAUCCUACGAUCCCAUCAACGGAAGAGAUAUCCAUUAAAGAGUCACCACCUGUGGAGAACACACUCAAAUCCAAGGUGGAACAGACGAAUCUGGAAACAACGGUGCCUCUAUCUGCUGAUAAUACUCCAAAGACUUGGGCCCAUCGUGUGGGAGGAGGACCUAAGAGUCCAGCUGCUCCAUCUGCAGCUCUGUCAGGACAAAAGUCAUCUGCAACAAAUAAUGCGAGUGGCCCUGCAGCUACGCGAGUCCAACAAGUUACCCGUCCACAUGUGCAAACAAAUGAGUUUGGCGAAGUUGAGUCAGUGGCGAUUCCUCGUAAAGUUCUCGACCAACCAAACGAUACAUCACGUAAUGGCUUCGCUUUCAUCUCAAUGCGAACUGCUGUUGACGCACAGAACGUCUUUCAGAAAGCUCGCAAGGAUGAUCGUGGAACAUAUCACCUUCAGCUACGUCUUGAUGCGUUUGGAUUUGACGGAGAAGUGACCAUUUCCGAACAGAAAGACCGUAUGGAUAGACCGAGCGGAGGAUUUCGUGGUAAUCGCAGUGGGUUCAUUUCACGAGGUGGAGCGAGUUCAUUUUCACGCAGCGGUGGCAGAGGUCGAGGUGGAGGCGGUGGUUUCCGUGGUGGCUUUCACAAUCAGAGCAAUCAUUAG